UGAAGCAGUCAUCUGUCUUGUAGGUUGUUCUGUGCCCUCCGGGGCCGCUCCAGCCCUGACUGUCCCCGUCUCCUGCAGGCCUGAGCUACCCUGUGUUCAAAGGCAUUAUGAAGAAGGGCUACAAGGUGCCGACGCCCAUCCAGAGGAAGACCAUCCCAGUGAUCCUGGACGGCAAGGACGUGGUGGCCAUGGCCCGGACCGGCAGCGGCAAGACGGCCUGCUUCCUGCUCCCCAUGUUCGAGCGGCUCAAGGCCCGCAGCGCCCAGACCGGGGCCCGCGCCCUCAUCCUCUCGCCCACUCGGGAGCUGGCCCUGCAGACCAUGAAGUUCACUAAGGAGCUGGGCAAGUUCACCGGCCUCAAGACUGCCCUGAUUCUGGGUGGGGACAAAAUGGAAGACCAGUUCGCAGCUCUGCAUGAAAAUCCUGACAUAAUCAUCGCCACCCCCGGGCGGUUGGUGCAUGUGGCUGUGGAGAUGAGCCUGAAGCUGCAGAGCGUGGAGUACGUGGUUUUCGAUGAAGCCGACAGGCUCUUUGAAAUGGGGUUUGCGGAGCAGCUGCAGGAGAUCAUCGGCCGCCUCCCUGGGGGGCACCAGACGGUGCUGUUCUCUGCCACGCUGCCUAAGCUGCUGGUGGAGUUUGCCCGGGCAGGCCUCACGGAGCCCGUGCUCAUCCGGCUGGACGUGGACGCCAAGCUGAACGAGCAGCUCAAGACCUCCUUCCUCCUGGUGCGUGAGGACAGCAAGGCCGCAGUGCUGCUGCACCUGCUGCGCAACGUCGUUCGGCCCCAGGACCAGACGGUAGUGUUUGUGGCCACCAAGCACCACGCCGAGUACCUCGCGGAGCUACUGACGGCCCAGCGGGUCAGCUGCGCCCACAUCUACAGCGCCCUGGACCAGACGGCCCGCAAGAUCAACCUGGCCAGGUUCACACAUGGCAAGUGCUCUGCCCUCAUCGUGACCGACCUGGCUGCCCGGGGCCUGGACAUCCCGCUGCUGGACAACGUCAUCAACUACAGCUUCCCCGCCAAGGGCAAGCUCUUCCUGCACCGCGUGGGCCGUGUGGCCCGCGCUGGCCGAAGUGGCACAGCCUACUCCCUGGUGGCCCCAGACGAGGUUCCCUACCUGCUGGACCUGCACCUGUUCCUGGGCCGCUCCCUGGCCCUGGCGCCACCCCACCAGGAGCCUUCAGGUGCUGCGGGCACCGAUGGCAUGCUGGGCAGGGUGCCGCAGAGUGUGGUAGACGACGAGGACUGCGGCCUGAGGAGCACCCUGGAGGCGUCCCUGGAGCUGCGGAGCCUGGGCCGUGUGGCAGACAACGCCCAGCAGCAGUACGUGCGCUCGCGUCCAGCACCAUCGCCCGAGUCCAUCAAGAGGGCCAAGGAGCUGGAUGUGGCGGGGCUGGGCCUGCACCCCCUCUUCAGCACGCGCUUCGAGGAGGGGGAGCUGCAGCGGCUGAGGCUGGUGGACGGCAUCAGGAGCUACCGCGCACGCUCAACCAUCUUUGAGAUCAAUGCCUCCAGCCGGGACCUGAGUAGCCAGGUGAUGCGUGCCAAGCGGCAAAAGGACCGCAAAGCCAUAGCCAGCUUCCAGCAGGGACGAAAGGAGCGACAGGAGCGUCAGAAAGGUCUGGCUGGCCCCUCCCAGCGAUGCCCUGCACCUCAGGAGCAGCCCGAGAAGGAAGAGGAGGCAGAGAAGGAAGAGGAGGUCGAGGGAGAGGAUGUAGAGCAUGUCUUCACAGAGGUCGUGGGCCAGAAGCGGCAGAGGCCAGCACCUCACGGAGGAGCCAAGAGACGGAGGGCGGAGGCCCAGCAGCGGGACCAGGAGUUCUACGUCCCCUACCGGCCCAAGGACUUCGACAGCGAGCGGGGGCUGAGUGUCGGUGGGAUUGGGGGAGCCUUCGAGCAGCAGGUGGCUGGUGCCGUUCUGGACCUGAUGGGGGACGAAGCGCAGAACCUGACCAGAGGCCAGCAGCAGCUCAAGUGGGACCGGAAGAAGAAGCGGUUUGUGGGACAGUCAGGACAGGAGGACAAAAAGAAGAUCAAGACCGAGAGCGGCCGCUACAUCAGCAGCUCCUACAAGCGGGACCUCUACCAGAAGUGGAAACAGAAACAGAAAAUUGAUGAUCGUGACUCAGAGGAAGAAGGGACAUUUGAUGGGCGAGGUCCAGCCCGAAGAGGUGGGAAGCGAGGGCGUGGCCAAGGUGCAUCCCAGCCCCGCACCCCAGGUGCCCCCACAGGCCACGUGCGCUCCGAGCUCAAGACCAAGCAGCAGAUCCUGAAGCAGAGACGCCGGGCCCAGAAGAUGCGCUUCUUGCAGCGCGGGGGCCUCAAGCAGCUCUCCGUUCGCAACCGCCGCCGGGUCCGGGAGCUACAGCAGGGCGCCUUUGGCCGGGGUGCCCCCUCCAGGAAGGGCAAGAUGAGGAAGAGGAUGUAAGGACCAGGACUCAGCCCGAAGCCUGGCCCCAGUGUGGACACGAGCAGUCAUUUCCCACGAGCUACUGGGGGGCUGCCUGCAGGAGCUUGUGCCCUGUGGGAAGGAAGUGCCUCCGGCCACAGGAGCAGCCCCUGCCUCUACCAAGGGACACUGGAGUUAGGCCUUGGAGCCUGUGUAGGAGUUCGCCAGCAAAGCCAGACAGGCAGGACCCAAGGUGGCAACUGAGUCACUGCUGCUGCUGCUGUGAGUUCUGGGUUCAGAGGUCAUGGUCACAUGGUCCCAGCCCGGAGUGCCUCAGGCUCAGUGAUGGUUUUCAACAUGAUAAACCUUUAUUGAGUACCUCU